GUUGGCUGGAAGCGUUAAUCGCCCACGUUGCGUCAGACGAAACGAUGAUCGCCAUACCGGCUAUUGAUUGGAUCCACGAGGACACGCUUGCCUUAAACGCACAGAACUCAGUCAAGUACUUUGGUUCGUUCGAUUGGUCCCUCAACUUCCAGUGGCGAGCCAGAGAGCAACGGAUAAAAUCCGCAUCCAAAAACGGUACCGUUUUCAUCCAUCCGGCUGCGCCCUACGACACACCCACCAUGGCUGGAGGACUUUUCACGAUUCACCGAACGUAUUUCCAGCGACUCGGCUGGUACGAUGAAGGAAUGGAAAUCUACGGCGGUGAGAACAUGGAACUUUCCUUCAAGGCGUGGAUGUGCGGUGGAAAGCUCCAGAUAGUGGCCUGCUCUAGGGUAGCACACAUCCAAAAGCGUGGCCAUCCUUACUUGCGCGAGAUCGUUGGAGGUCUGGCGCUGGUCAGGCGCAAUUCAAUACGGCUCGCAGAGGUGUGGUUGGACGAAUACGCAGACUAUUACUACGAAACGUUUGGAGGACGUUCGAAGCGCGGUAACUUCGGGGAUGUAUCGGCACGGAAAGAAUUGCGUCGACAACUUCAAUGUAAACCGUUCCGCUGGUACCUCGAGCACGUCUUCCCGGAACAGUUCGACCCGAGCAGGGCUGUAGCUCACGGAGAGAUACGUUUCGAAGGUAAGACUCAGUAUCCGCUGUGUCUCGAUUGGCCAACACAACUGGCACUGGUCGGAUGUCAUGGUACCGGCGGUCACCAGCUUUGGUACCUCACGAAGCAAGGUGAGGUGAUGCGAGAUGACAACUGCCUCGAUUACGAUGGGAAGGCGCUCACAAUGUACCGAUGUCACGGUAUGGGAGGCAAUCAAGCGUGGAGCUGGGAUCCGGAAACGAAGCUGCUCAAAAAACUCUUCUUCGACCGUUGUCUGCAAUGGGAUCGGGACUUUUCGCUUCAAGUUUGUGAUCCGAAUGAACCGAACCAGAAGUGGAUGAUGCACAACUUCAAACCAAACAAUCUGUGAUACGAUAGCGCUUAAAAAAAAACACCUCACAGGACUCAAGCCAGCAAAACAAAUACAAACACACUAUAGCAAUGAAUGAAUUUAGUGUGGCAAAUAUAACUGACCAACCAAACAAACGCACGGUCUUCUACGAUUCUGAUGGUUGUGAAAACAGACAGAAAUGGUUGAAUGGAUGAACAACUUUUUCCUCGGAAAAACAGUUGCCCUAUUUGUUUUCUUAUCCACAGCAAAACGCAUUACUUCUCAGCAGUUAGAACGAACCGGCAAAAGUUCCCAAAAGUCGUCAGAGGUGGUCGUGCUUAUCAAACAGUAGGUGUGUUGUUUCGUAUGUAAUAACUCCGAACAGCAGGUAGCGGCAGAACGGCGUUGUGGAUGUGUGCGGGCAGGUCGGCUGUGACAGUACACGCUUUUACGAGCUGAUAAAUUGUACUGAUUGAUAACAGAGCGCUGCAUCGGCACUCGGCACUGCCCGGGCGUACAGAGGAAUCGACUCCGAAGAUGUGUCUCGCUCUAGUGAUUAACUAAAACUGGCCCUGGAUGGUACCCGGUCCGCGUGGAUAACUUCAACCAUGUACGGAAAGUAUUUCUCCACGAAAAGGGACCUCGUUUGGGCGCUGGUUGUAUUCUGCUGCUGUCUGGCCUUCUAUCUCUACCACAACCAGCUGUCGGAUCGGCUCGCAACGCUGGAGGAGUUCAAGCGCAUACAUCAAGAGGAGCAGCAACGGACAGCCGUUCGGGAGACAAGCUCGCUUGAGCCCGAUUAUGAAGUGGUCAAGUACGCUACCCAUUACACACCUGUACCGGACGAUGGGUGGAUCGAAACACUACCGGGAGACAUGGGAAAGCCAGUGAUACUGCCGGACAACAUUACCGAUGCCGUUCGUCAGCUGGUCCAGCAAGGUUACGAAACUCAAGGCCUGAAUCAGUACGUUAGUGAUCUUAUACCAGUUCGACGUAGAUUGCCCGAUCUUCGGGAUCCUUGGUGUACGUCGGAACAGCGACUUCUCACCGCUCUACCACAAGCGUCGAUCGUGAUCGUGUUCUACAACGAAGCUUGGUCCGUGUUGGUACGAACUGUUCAUUCCAUCCUCGAUCGCACUCCAAAAGAGCUUAUCCGGGAGAUCAUCCUUGUGGACGAUUAUUCGAAUCUGGCACAUCUACGCACUCAGCUCGACGAGUACUUCAGCAGUUAUCCGCUCGUACGCGUGUUGCGAGUUCCGAAGCGUCUCGGUCUUAUUCGGGCUCGAUUGUACGGUGCCCGGAACGCAUCGUCCGAUUUUCUCACCUUCCUGGAUGCUCACUGUGAGUGUAUGAACGGAUGGCUCGAAGGUCAGCUGGAUCAGGUAGUGCGAGAUCCGCACACGAUCGCCCUGCCGACAAUCGAUUGGAUCGAUGAGAACAACCUCAAGCUGGUCAGUGAUAAGGCACCGGUGUUCUACGGAGCGAUGGGAUGGGGACUGGACUUUGAGUGGCGUGGCCGAUGGGAUCGUGUGCAUAAGCCUGCCAACGAGCUGGAACCGUUCAGCACACCCGUAAUGGCUGGAGGACUGUUCACCAUUCACCGGAAGUUCUUCGCGUGGCUCGGAUGGUACGAUGAAGGAAUGGAUGUGUACGGUGGUGAAAACAUUGAGCUAUCGCUGAAGGCAUGGAUGUGCGGUGGAAGAAUGCUAACCGUUCCUUGUGCGCGUGUUGCACACAUCCAGAAAGCGGGACAUCCUUAUCUGAAGGAUGUGAAAACCGACGUCGUGCGUACAAAUUCCGUUCGCGUUGCUGAAGUGUGGCUGGAUGAGUACGCACAGGUGCUGUACGGGAUGUUCGGUGGUCCACAAUUUCGUGGUGACUAUGGAGAUGUUUCCUCCCGCAAGCAGCUACGAAAAGAUCUACAUUGCAAGGACUUCCAUUGGUACCUGGAGAAUGUGUUCCCAGAACUAACGGAAGCGCUAGGCAAACGACCCGGACAAGGCACCUUCCUGAACGAUGCUCUAGCUGGAUCUCCUGGACACUGUUUAACGUACGUUAAGCCUAACAACACCGUCAGUAUGACGCCGUGCGAGCAAGGAAACGUAUGGCAGCAGUGGGUGUUUAGUUUGUAUGGGGAAAUCGGUACCGAUAACAACUGUCUUGACUACGAUGGCAACAUGCUGCUUGUGUUCCAUUGCCAUAAAGCACAUGGCAAUCAGGAGUGGACAUACAAUGCCACCACGUACCAUUUCGAGCAUAAGAAGCAUACGGGCAAGUGUUUGGAUGUCGAUGUGGCGAUGAAAAAGGUUCGCAUCGCCGUGUGCGAUUUGAAUCAACAAUCUCAACGGUGGCACUAUCCGGCCAUCGAGCAUAGGGUGUAGGAUGAAGAACUCAUGUGUGUUAUAUAGCUUAUUUUGAUCUUUGCUUGAAGCUCACUGUCAAUGAAAAGGUGUCAAUUAAGUGUUCUCUCAAUAAAAAGACUCUGGAUCGGCAGUACGUGUACAGUAAACCCGCUGUACGUUGUAUCUUAAAGCUAUUGUACCGAACUGCAUCUGUUCAUACAGAGGAUGCUUUCAUUAAACAACAGUGCAGCUUAAUUCUCUUGCGUUGCGAGUUGCGUCAAUUAGAAGACAUCUGUACUAAUACGCUGUUGUCUCAAGCCACACUUAUCUGAUCAAUGAUCACGCGAAUACAAUACUAUGUUUGAACAAAUGGAAAGCAAUAAAGGGUACGAAUAACAUUUCCCUGCAUUAAACAG